GUUUUUUACGGACGAACCGAAAGACUGAGAAAUUCAAUGUUUUUCAAAGCGUUGAAAGAAAACGUGUUUUUCAUAUGAAAUGUGUUUUGCAUUCAAUUCAAUGAUUUACUAAUCGUUUGUUUCGUUUGAAUUGCAAUCAAAUCCGCGCUCAAAGAAAAUGUUGGUUUUGUUUGAGUCGGCCGUCGGUUACGCCGUCUUUAAGGUGUCGGACGAGUCUAAGCUCUCCAAAGUGGACGAUCUGUACAAAGAGUUCUCGACGUCAAAGAAGGCCAAUAAACUGAUUUCGUUGAAACACUUCGAGCGCUUCCGCGACACGACCGAAGCCGUGAGUUCGGCCACGUCUUUGAUUGAGGGAAAGAUGAACAAGAAGUUGAAGAAAAUGCUGAAGAAAGUGGUGGUGAAGGAUAUGGCGAACGAAGAGUUGGCCGUUUCGGACGCCAAACUCGGCAACUCUAUCAAAGAUAAGCUGAACAUCGGAUGCGUUACGAGUCAAGCCAUUCAGGAGCUGAUGAGUUGCAUUCGCUCGCAGAUCGAGAAUCUGAUCCCCGAGUGGUCGCCCGAAGACGAGGCCGCCAUGCAGUUGGGAUUGUCUCACGGAUUGGGUCGAUAUAAACUGAAGUUCAGUCCCGACAAAGUGGACACAAUGAUCAUACAAGCAGUUUCACUUCUCGAUGACUUGGAUAAAGAGCUCAACAAUUAUGUGAUGAGGAGUAAGGAGUGGUACGGAUGGCAUUUCCCAGAACUCUCCAAAAUUGUUUCCGAUAACUCGGCUUUCAUUAGAACCGUUUUAGCUAUAGGAAUGCGAACGAACGCCACGACCACUGAUUUGUCCGAUAUAUUGCCCGAAGAGAUCGAAGCGAAGGUGAAAGAGAUGGCGGAAGUGUCGAUGGGAACAGAGAUUGCCGACGAAGAUAUGCUUAAUAUCAAUCAUUUGUGUCAAAACGUGUUGGACUUACAGGAGUAUAGAUCGCAACUGUUUGAGUACCUGAAGAACCGAAUGCUAGCCAUCGCUCCCAAUCUGACAAUACUUGUGGGAGAAUUAGUUGGCGCUCGGCUUAUAUCACACGCGGGUUCGCUCCUCAAUCUGGCCAAACAUCCGGCCUCUACUGUCCAGAUAUUGGGCGCCGAGAAAGCGCUGUUCAGAGCGCUGAAGACCAAACACGACACUCCGAAGUACGGUCUCCUAUAUCACGCCCAACUCGUCGGUCAAAGUAAUCCUAAACUGAAGGGCAAAAUGUCUCGAAUGUUGGCCGCGAAGGCAUCGCUCGCCACACGUGUGGACGCUUUGGGCGAAGAGUCGGGCAAUGAGUUGGGAACCGAACACAGAGCCAAACUCGAGGCGCGACUCAAAUACCUCGAGGACUCGGGUCUGAGAGCUAUCAGCGGUUCGGGAAAGAAAAGGGCGAAAUUCGAGAAAUACGACAACAAAUCACAGAUCCAUACAUACAAAGCGGCCGCAGACUCGACGGCCACCCCUUCCGGCACUAAACGUAAGUUUGAAGAAUACGACGAAGAAGUGGAACCGACUGUCAAAACAGAAGACACCGAAGAGAAGACACCCAAAGAUAAGAAAAAGAAAAAGAAGGUGAAGGCAGAGGUGGAAGAAGAGCCCGAAGAGAUGGAAGCGGAAGAAGAGGUGGAAACUCCCAAAAAGGGAAAGAAAGGCAAGAAAUCUAAAGCAAGUGAACCGACAGAAGAAGCAGAAGAGGAGGAAGCGGUCGAAGCGGAGACCGAAACGAGUUCUAAGAAAAAGAAGAAGAAAAAGAAAUAG